AUGCGUAUCAUUUGGUCUUUGACACUGACUCUAUGGAUCUCGCACCAGUGUUUUGGGUCAGGAUUCCAAAAAUCGUCGUUCAAUCGCCAUGAGCUGCACCACUGCCGUCAAGAAGCUCAGUCUCUUUUCUACCACGCAUACGAUAACUAUCUCAGAUUAGCCUACCCUGACGACGAACUGUAUCCGAUCAGAUGCCGUGGGCGCACCAGAAAUGUAGAAAAUGACGCCGAUUUGGAUAGGAACGACGUUAUGGGUAACUACUCGGCCACGUUGGUGGAUUCCUUAACCACACUGGCCAUAAUGGGCGAUAAAGAUCGCUUUAAGAAGGCGAUUGACUUGAUUCGCACCGAUCUCGAGCCGGAAUUCAAAAUCAAUGCCACGGUCCAGGUCUUCGAAACCACAAUCCGCAUAUUGGGUGGUCUUUUAUCCGCUCACUUAUACGCUACAGAUCCAGCGAAAAGGGUCUUCUUGGGGAGGGAAUAUGACGGCAUUUUACUACACAGGGCACACAGACUUGCCGACAGGCUGCUACCUGCCUACUUAACCAAGACUGGACUACCACUGCCUCGCAUUAAUUUAGCCACAGAGUACCGCAACGUUCCUCCGGGGUUUUUGCAAGAAAAUAAUGCCGCCGCUAUGGCUUCGCCCAUGUUGGAAUUUACGCUUCUUUCGUAUUUGACGCAUGAUGAUAAGUAUAGGCAAGUUACAAAGUAUGCUUUCGAUAAAAUCUGGUCGUUGAGAAGCGAAAUUGAUCUUGUGCCCAUGUCAUUCAGCCCCCAUACCGAAAUGGCGAAUAAUUUUUACACGGGGAUAGGAGCAUCGAUCGAUUCAUUUUACGAAUACGCCCUGAAGGGCGCCAUUUUGUUUCAAGAUGAUGAACUGUGGAACGUUUGGGAACUUUCUUACAAUGCUUUGCGAAAACAUUCUAGAGGCGAUUGGUUCUUCUCCAACGUCGAACUCAUGAGUGGUCACGAAAUUCUACCCUGGAUUGAUUCACUCAGUGCUUUUUUUCCCGGAUUGCAAGUUUUGGCUGGUGACGUUCCUGACGCACAGAAGAAGCACUUGAUGUUCUUAAAGUUAUGGAAUACGUAUGGUGGGAUUCCCGAAAGAUGGGAAUUUGACCCCCGGGAAUUUGAAAACAACGAGCAGGAAUUAAAUGCAAGCUAUGUACCUUUACCAUGGUACCCACUACGACCGGAAUUUGUCGAGACAACUUAUUUUCUGUAUCGUGCAACGAGGGACGCUUUUUACUUACAGGUUGCUCGAUCGAUUUUGCAGGACUUGAAAAACUAUUUUAUGACGGACUGCGGCUUUGCAGGUCUUCAGGAUGUUAUGACGGGCCAGUUCCAAGAUCGAAUGGAAACUUUUGUACUCAGCGAGACGCUGAAGUAUUUGUAUCUCACUUUUGAUGUCGAUAACGAAUUACACAAGGACGGUAGCAAUGUCAUUUUCAGCACCGAAGCGCAUCCGCUUUGGCUGAAGGCUGCUGAUUUCAAAAGGUAUAAGUCCUCCUCUUUUUUCGAGGAUACUCGCUAUCGUGAUCAUUUACUCCGGGUUCAGCAAAGAGAUGCCAGUUUGAAGUCUUCUAACAUUAACCGAUUUUUCCAUGACAUAUCAAAUUUAUUGCUUUACAGAGCCAGGUACCCAGACCGUAACUCGACCUUAAAUCGCAAAGGUAUAUCCACAGGUACUUGUCCGAUCAUGCGCUCUGCUAAUGACUCGUUCCAAUUUUUGCAUUCAGAUGUGAUUCGCCACUGCGAACGCCUUUUUGAGAUUGAUUAUAGGUAUGCAAGCAAUUUGCGGAAGCCAUCGAAGCUCAUUGAUAGAGUACCAAUAGAGUUGGAAUCUUCUUUUUACCACAUAUGGGGCUCUCAAACAAGUCCCCUACCUAAGUGUCAGUUACCACCAACAACAGACUCGUUCGACGUUAUAUUCCGGGUUGGAUGGUCCAACUCAAAAACACCACCAAACUCCCAACUAUCGGGGGUUUAUGGCCCCAUUAAAGAUUCUAUCACAAUUGAAUCGUUGAUCGGUGUUAGGCUGCAGGUGGAAGCCCUUAUUCCUGGUGCUAUCGACUUACACGGAGAAGUCGUGGAUGCGGACUACCUGGCUUACCUUUGGGAGCUCAACUCUCCUGCGGCACUCGGGUUUCCGAAUCCAGGUCAGGAUUUCAAAAAUUCCGCUUCUAAUGACCCGCGCAGACCGAUAUACCGUGUGUCCAUCUUAAAUGGCAUUCAGUUAGCACACAAUGCCACCGUUUGGAUCAAUUCAACUCUGGACACCUCACCGUCAGCCUUAGGUAUGAACCAUAAUGGAAUGCUAAUGCUAGACAAAGUACCUGUGGUAAACGCAUUGUUCAAGAGUAUGUUUUAG